CCCAGUAAAAAGGAAAUAAUUGAAAAUCAAAUCGCUAGGGUUUAGUAAAAUCAUCAAUCAAUCCAUCCAAAUUCUAGGGUUUAUACUUUCUUCUCUUACAUCUCCAUCAAUCGAGAGCUGACCAAAUUGAAAAUGGCGGAGAUAAAAACGUUACCAGCGGAUUCAAUUCAGCACUUUCAAGAAGGAGUAUCACUGGUUCUCUCAAAAUGGUGGACUCUUCAAAUGGCUGUACAAAAUGAGUGGGGAGGCCCUCAUUCUCACCAAAAAGCUCUUGAUUUCUACUCUCAAAUCUUUAAUUUCUUCCAUAAACCUAAUCGCAGAGAACCUGUUUACAUAGACGAAUUAGAAGAUUUGCUAGAGGAUGGUUUGGAUUCUUUUAAUACAGAUGCAGAAGACGAUGUACCAGAGGUAGCAGAUCAGUUGAUGGCUAUGUAUGAAGAAUGUUUGGUAGGCAACUAUCAAACAAUUCAGAAGUUAAAGCAAACAAAACCGGUUACUGUUCCUCGUGUAGAACAGGAUGCAAGUGACAGCGAUGAGGAAGCUGAUGAGAGCAUGGGGAAUGAAGAGGAAUCAAAUAUGACGGUAGAUACAACGGAGUCCUUGCCAAGUACUAAUCCCACAGAAAUACAGAAAAACAAUGGCAUACACCAGCAGAUGGAAGAAGCUGAAGAUGGAUGGGUUAAAGUUUCAAGGAAGAGUAAAGGUCGAAACAAGUAGCUUGGGACCUAAUGAUCUCAUCCUAAGCCCCAAGCAUUGGUUUUUCUUUUUCUUUUUCUUUUUCUUUUUCUUUUAUCCAAUUAUAUCCACUAGUUUUUCACAAUACUGUGUGUAUUUUGCAUGACACGCAUGUUGAGGAAUGUAGUUUAUUUGAGAAGUGAUAUAUAUGAUAUUGAAACAUAAUUGAGUUUAAAUGAAAGUGCUCGUGUAAUUUCAAUAAA